AUGGGCUUCGUCUCUUGGCAUUUUAAAGAAUGGAAGUGGAAGGAUAUUGUGGAUGAAUGGGUGAAGUUGAAUCAACCUUGGGAACACACAUCCUCUGCUUUAAUGGCUGAUGGACACUCACCUCAGCAGAAAUUUACUCAAAAUGGUUAUCACCAAGUUCCUGAUUUUGCUUACUCUCCAAAUCCACAUAAUGGGAGUUCUAGGUUAGAUAAGAAUAAUUCAGAAUCCGAGCCAAAGUCGAAAGUUAUUCCUCAGAAAGAAGCUCCUCCUCCUAGAACAGCACCUGUAUCUGCCUCAGCACAUCAAAAUAGACAAAGAGAACAUCAACAAAAGGAUGUUGACUCUGAAAAACUGGCUUCAGCAAGAAAAAGGCUUCAAGAGGAUUACAAAGAAGUUGAAAAUGCCAAAAGGCAAAGAACAAUUCAGGUGAUGGACAUCCAUGAGAUCCCAAAACCCAAGAAUGCCUUCUUUGGAAAGAACAAAGGUGGUAGUGGUGGCAGUUCUCACGGGAGGAGCUGGUGA